UGACGAGUUGUGCGCGCGGAUGGGGCAAACACCACCCUCCGUGCGUAAAGGGUAUGUGUGUAUGGGUGCAUGUAGUAUUCGUACAGCCGCCUCCGGGGGUUUCCCUUCUUCAUACCCGUUGCGUACCCGUCGAGCAACCCCGCGUUAUUCGAUGGCUCCAGUUGUCCAACGCCGCGACGACGACACGGUUGCGCCACGACGGCAGAUACACGAGCUGCUCUCAUUGGGACCAUUUCUCGAGGUCCUACGUACGCUGUCUUUAUCAUCACGCUUCUUCACUUACCAAGUCGCGGGUGUUAACUGAACGAGCAUUUCCUUGCACGCGUUUCGUCAACCAAGCAAAAUUUGGAAUUUGAACAAACGUAUCGUGACAAAAUGCGAUACUUGAGAAUUGUUUUGUGACUUGAAAACAUCAAAUUGACUUAAGCAUUUGAUUAAUAAAUUGCCGACGGUAGUCUAUAUCUUCGGAUGUAGACGCAGUAUAAGUGCCAAGAAUAAAAGAACUGUAUGCACAGUAAGACAUAUGUUGGGUGACUUAUUCUGUCAAAGAAGCCGAUAAACUCUGCCGAAACUCUUGAAACAACAUCGAUCCGAACACUUUUCGAUUUUAUUUUUGAUUUGAUUUUUCCACUGAUUUUCCCAAAAUUAGUGGCUGUUUUAAUACGUCAAUAUCGGCCUGAGAAACAAGUUUUUACCAGUUUUUCUUGAAAUAAUCUUCUCUUGAAGAAAACGACGAUAGAGAAUGGACCAACUUAUUCAAACCCGCAUGUGCGUUUUACGAGUGAAAUUACGCUCAAAAUUUCCAGCGUGUGUUGUUUAGUGUUCAUGCCAAAGGAAAGAGACACAGUUUCGACGUUACAUUAAAAAAAAUUUGCAUAUACGCGUAACAAAACAGUGUUGCAACAAGUAACAAACAGAGCAAUCUGUACCUGAUUACAACGAAAACAUUCGUUUCAUCGAAGUAAACACAAUAGAAAAAUAAGUAAAAGUUAUAGACUGUUAUUUGAGCAAAAGUAAAUAGAAUUUGGCGUUUUGUUUGACCAAAGGGAAUCAUCAAUCUUGCCGACGGCUUAUCAAAUGCUGAAUGAGAAAGAUCGUUUGUUAGCAAAAUCCUUCCUUUUUUACAAUGAAGAUAAAUUGAAUUAUACUUUGUCUUUACUGAGCAAGCUAAUAUAUGCUGUAAAUAUUUAUUAUAGAGAGAGAUACGGAGAGAGAAUGUUAUUUCUCAUAGACAUAUACAUGUCAAAAACAUUUAAAGCUUGCUAGAAGUUUGAUCUUCGUUUAUGCCAAUCACAUACAAUGUGACUGUAUGUAUUUAAUUUUAAACGGCCUUAUAGCAAAGAUAUAAAAUUUCGAAAAAGCAUACACGAUAUAGAAGGAAUAAUCGGAAGCAAAGAGUGAUGUCAAGGCCCAUCAGAAUUGAAAAUGCUACUUUGUUAAUGUCGGCAAUUUUGCAAAAAGUUGUACUAAGAAUGAUAAUAAUACUAGUCUACUAGUAAGACGAAUCAGAAAUUUUGCAGUGUCUCUACUGAUUUCUAUAUGUUUCAAUUUGAGAAAGUCAGUUAGAUAGCCAAGAUAUGUACAACGAUUCUUUUCGAUCGAGUUCCUAAACGUCGAAGGAACAAUCUUUCGAGGAAACUGAACAACGAUCAAUUUAGAAGACCUAACCGUGCGUUUCGUGGUGAAACACGUAAAUAGAUUUGUAUCCCUCGAAUGCACUCUGACAUUGGCUGGCGGAUACGACUAUACGUAGCUCAAUAUUUGCCCGCACCAUUUUUGUCAUUAUUAAAUUUGUCGAUCAAAGAUCAAUGAUCGCUUCGUUUUUGUGAAUACGUGAUCAAAUAUGUCACUUUGAACUAGCGAUCGCAGUUAGAAAGGACACGAAGAUGCCGCAGCAGCAGCAACGAUCAGCUUUCGCGAUUCAGGAGCUGCUGGGACUAGAUGGUACCGGAAAUAGGAGUGGUACCGAUCGCGGCUCCCCGCAAGGCUCGCCACCCGCCGGAGUUUCGGCCGUUUCUUAUGCCCCGGCUGCGCCUCAUCACUCGAAAUUAUGGGAAUAUAUGCCCAGCCUAAAUCAUUUAGGCAAUUUGGGAAAUCUGGGAAAUUUGGGGAAUCUGGGCAAUCUUACGGCCUCGAGGAUGGCUUAUCUGAAUGCGCAGGCGGCCGUAGCAGCCGCCUUUCUACCACCACCUCAUCCCCACCCAGCUCACCAUGUACCGCACCAUCAGGUACAUCAAUCGGGUCAACUUCCGGCUUCGCCGCCCGGCGUCAACCUGCAUCCUGCGGCACACGCGCAGCAUGUACUUCCAGGUACGGCUGUUACCACGAAUCAUCAUCAACAUAGUCCGACUCAACACACUCCGCCUCAUGGAUUUUCACAAUCAAAAGGAUCAUUCUCCAAUACGAGUCCAGGUGUAGGACACAAUAUAGAAUCAGGAAAAGACUUUACGGUAGAUGGACUCUCAGGUUUCAGUAAAAAAAAGAAGAAGAAACGUCGUCAUAGCUCCAGGACGAUCUUCACGUCACAGCAGCUGGAGGCGCUGGAGGCUGCUUUCAAGGAAGCCCAUUACCCUGACGUCUAUGCCCGCGAGAUGUUAAGUCUGAGAACAGAUCUGCCUGAAGAUAGGAUACAGGUUUGGUUUCAAAAUCGGAGAGCAAAAUGGCGCAAGACAGAGAAAUGUUGGGGCAGAAGUACCAUAAUGGCAGAAUAUGGUUUAUAUGGAGCAAUGGUUCGACAUUCUUUACCACUUCCAGAAACAAUUUUAAGAAGUGCCAAGGAAAAUGAGUCCGUUGCACCAUGGUUGUUAGCUCAAUCAUCUAAGACAAGCAGCUUUAAUCAAGAUUUCGAAUAUAAUCAAGAACUGAUUGACUGUGGACCUGUAGGGAUGCAUCGGAAAUCGCUCGAGGCAGCAGAGCAUCUCAAAUCCGGUGGAGAGGACAGCGGCAAUGAUCAAAACGGAAGCGGAAGCAGUCCCCAUCAUAAUCAUCAAGGAGGACCAACCAGUUCGGAGAGUGGACAAGAGAGUCAGGAUGGUAUGGGACCUUCGUCAUCUACAAAUGUCGUGCAGGACACGGAACAACUCAGAAAUGAAAGUAUUGCUUGCUUGAGAGCAAAAGCACAGCAGCAUCAAUUGCAAUUGAGUCUGCAACCAACGUCGACGCCUCCAAGUGGAUCGUAUCCGUCAGCACCACAGACCAGCACGCUACAUACUUCUGUUUAAUUGCAAAAAUAUAGACAUUCUUUCUGAUAGUUCCGUGUCCGAUAUUUUUGCUGUUAAGGCAGAAACAUGUGUCCUGCCUGAAGGAUUAUUGUAGAUGAAUCGGCAGCACCGAUUUCAAAAUCAGUGAUAUUUUUUUAAUGAAUAUCUCGGCAAAGGUCGGUUCUUUCGAAAUGUAAGGGUCUUUCUGAGAUCACUUUUACGUAUGAUUAAUCUCGCAGUCAAAUUGUAGCAAUGGUGUCGAUUGAACAAAUUUUUCGCAACAAAGAAUCUCGAAUUGUUCCUGCACAAUUCCAAUGCUCUAUGUUCCUUAUGUCGUUUUCAAACGCAGUUUCAUGAAUUUUUGCGACUGACAUUGUCUGCAAUUGUUAAUCUGCCGUGUUAAUGAUAAAGUUCCAAGAUACAAGAUAUAUAUAAAAUUACAACGAAAUGUGGUGAACACAAUAGAUUGAACGCCUGAUUUGCAUUAUACAAGCUUAUGUGUCUCGCACAAAAAUUAAGUAGGCCUUUAAAUCGAUAUAAAUUCACGUAAGCCUCAACAACGACUUGACGUACGUACAAUGACGAAAGCGGUGCCCCAAUGUUGCGUUUAGAGAAAAACGAAAUGUCGGAAAUACCGCAGAAUAAACAAUAAAAUUUAAUUGUUAAGCUGAAUCCUCAUCAACGAAAUAAUAGCCUAUUGAUGAUCUAUAUAAUAAAUAAUAAAAGAUUAUUGAUCAGGGAAUUUUGUCAUUGACGAACUCAAGUGUGAAUACUCAAAAAGAAAAAUUUUCCCGAAAAAAAUCGACGAUAAAUAAUUGAUUAUUUUGUUCAGUUGUUAAUUUAAUCAAUUGAGAUUGAGCAAAUGGAAUUACCUAAUUAGAAUAUAAUUGCUUUUAAUAACGCGACUGAGUAUUUGUAUACAUGAGUUUUGUGUAGAGCGUGUGCAUGUAAAUAUAUGUGGGUGUGCGUAUGUGUGGUUAUCUGCAUGCGUACGCAUGCGAGAAGAAAAACAUAGAGUGAUAAGAAAACUUGAAGAUUUUCUCUUCAGAAUGUUAAUUUGCAACGAAUGUUGAGCAACGCAAAGCAUAAAAGAAAUAAAAAAAAAGAGAGAUUGUAUGGAAUGUAGUAAUAAGAUUACAAAAUAUAUGAACACACAUCGAAGAGAAGCGUGUUCGAAGACCUCUACAGUACACAUAAAAAUGCCCUUAAGAUUUACAAGUUAAAAAUAAUAUGCAACCGAAAGUUGAUUCGAUUAUUAAAUUCACGUGUAUAUGAGAUAAAAUGAAACAGUGUGUACGUAGAUGUGUCAAACAAAGUGAGAGAAAGGGAGAGAAAGCAAUGGAGGGGAUGUGAGUCAAAGAUUUAUUAGCGAGAACUUCCUAUAUCCAAGUACUUAAGAAGAAACGUAACUGUUGUCAAAUGUGCAAUAUAUCGAUAUAAGUUCUAGUUCGAUAAGAUAUAUUAUACUUUAGUAACAAAAAACAUCUACCUAAGGCAGUCACAACAACGUCGGUGUAAUUGUUAUAAAUAAAUUUUACAAUAUGUCUCUCGAAGUUUGUAUAAAGUAAGUUGGUGGAAUAUUGCACAUCUUAUGCUUUCUAUUUUUGCUGCGAAUAAACUUAUUUCCGCGUUACACCGCCGUUUCGGGACGUCCGCCUUUUGUACAUAAAUAUACAUAGAUAAGAAAUGUGUGUGUAUGUGUGUACACACACACACACACACACACACACACACACACACACACACACACACACACACACACACACACACACACACACACACACACACACACACACACACACACACACCUGCAUAUACAUACAUGCAUAAGUAUAAAAAAUGAUUAAAAUUAAACGUGGUUGCAAGAUACUGAGCCGGACGAAAAUUUUUUUGCAAGUUUGAGUAGUUGAUAAUUAUUAAAAUUAUUACAUAAGAGUGAUUAAACACAAAAAUAUUUUAUUUAUAAUUUUUGUUAUUAAAUUUCUGCAAAGCAAAUUUUUGUAAAAUAUAAAUCAAAAUAAUAUGACAAUUUUAAUUUUGUUUUCCAUCUGAUUGGCUUAAUUACUUAUUUAAAAUACUUAGUGAAGAUUGCUUGACUUGAUGUAAAGCUCGUAGGUUUGUUUAUUUUAAAAUGUGCAAUACUGAUAUCAUAACUGAACAAUUACAAAAUAAUUAAAAAAGUUCGUUUAAUUUUUAAUAUAACAGUCUAAAAAUUUACUGACAUAGUUGCGUUACUAUUAAAUUUGAAAUAUAUAAACUUAAUUGUUGUGAAAAUAACAACGUAGAUCAUUGUUGAUUAAUCAUCAAUGUCAAUCAUAACUUUUUCUGAAUAAUGUGUUUCGUCUGGCUUAAAUUUAUCAAGUUAUACACGUAAUACGUAACAUAUUAUAUAAUUAAAAACAAAAACUUGAUCAUGAGAAACGAAGUAACCACACAUUUAGAAAAAAAGCAACUUAAGAAUCAUAAUGCAAGUGACACCGCUGUUAUUGUGAAAACACUUAACAAUGGACUUUGGAUUUACAGCAAAUUGUCUGUAUCCGAAUGCUCCAACGCAUGCAUAGUAGUCAGCUAGUAUACGUAAUAAAUAAAAUUUCUGAACAAA